CUUAUUUCGUCACAACUCGUCACUUAUAAAGAUCGUCGGAUCUUACUUAAGCACCAUGGAUAUGUUUGCAGAGAAACCCUGGGGUAAGCGACCUUACUGGGGGAUUGGGUUCAACUACGACCAUCAGUGGGUGCUGACAGAUAAACAGAGGGAACUGCAGGCCAAGCUGAUGGAGCUGUGCCGAACGACGAUGCGACCAAAUGCCGUAAGAUAUGACGAGACAUAUGAAUUCCCAAGAGAAAACUUGAACGCCAUGGCGGAGCUGGGGCUGCUGGGAUUGAUUGUACCGAAGGACCUCGGCGGGCUGGGUGAGAACCACGUGUGUGCCGCCAUGGUGGUGGAGACUAUUGCACGUUAUGGAUGUCCCAGUACUGCUAUGGUUUACUGUAUGCACGUUGAAGCAGUGGGAAGUCUCCUACUCCGUUACCAUAACAACGAACUCAUCAAAAGUGUCAUCCGACGUCUGGACAAAGACAAGCUGGUGGGGACUGUGUCUGCUAGUGAUCCCGCUACAGGUGGACAUUUUUGGUACCCACUGUCCUCUAAGAACCGGUAUACCAAGGAUGGCAGGUUCCAGAUGUUAAAGUACGCCUCCUGGACAACCAGCGCCGGAUUUGCAGACUUCUACGUCGUCCAAACCACUAGCCCGGGCUUUGGCGGCGACUACUCCGACCUCUCCAUAUUUCUACUGUUCCAGGACGAGGUUCGUGCCCAUGCAGACGACUGGAAAUCCCUAGGUCUCCGUGGUAACCAGUCUGGCGCACUUAUAACAGAGGGCUUGCUUAGUCAAGACAGGCAGGUUGGAGAACUCGGUGAAGGUGCAGCUAUAAACGAUGAAAUUUUCGACCCGUGGUUCUUGGUACUGACUGCCUCUUGUUGGAACGGUAUAGCCUUUGGUUGUAUCGAUGUUGCUUGUAAACAUGCCACGGAGAAGGACCACGCUGACACCGGACUCCGAGUUUGCGACUAUCCCACAAUCCAGGACUACUUCGGAGAGUGCAUCAUAGACACUAAUGCCUGCCGAGCCUUUGUUUUCAAUGUGGCUCAUGGAAUGGAUUUGGCAACAAAUAAUAAUGAUUGGACCAUCCACAGUGAUCUCAAGGUCAUGCCAAGAACAGACUUCUUGCACUGGGGCUGGCAGAUAAAGUUUGCAGCGGCCAAAAAUGUCGCACAUGUCUCCGAUGUAAUGCUCCACGCCUGCGGUGGUUCUGGAUACAAGACGGAAUUGGGCAUUGAGCGUCUUCUCCGAGACGCUAAGGCCGGCUGGGUGAUGGGUCCGAGCAAUGAGGUCACACGGCAGUGGGUAGGAACCACGGCUCUCAUGGGUAUGGAGCAGCUGGAUUACUGGUCACAUAGAUCAAACACACGCCUUCUUAAUUACGAGUUAAAGAAGCUGAAACCUGAAGUAAAGAAGGAGCUUGCGCACAAAAUGUUGAGGGAGUGUGAGCAAGAGCUGGGCCAAGACAGCGGCACUGCGCCAAACCAAGAUACUGACUUCGACGACCCUUUCUCCACAUCUGCCGCCCUGCCUCUUGGCGCUUUCAAAGACCCCGCCGGUAAAGUCCACCUUGCUGCUUUAAACGCCGAUACGUUUACCACCAUUAAGCUAACAGAGGUUAUCCAAGAAGCAGACAAAGUCCAGAGAUUAAAAUUCGCUCUGCCUGACCCAGAAGCCCACUCAGGUUGUCUGCCCGGUCAGUAUGUGCAAGCACGUGUCAAUGUUGGCGGGAAAUUCCACGAGCGAUAUCUGUCGCCCAUGAGUGCUCCCAGUGCGUUUGGUGUGAUGGAGUUCGGGCUGCGCCUGGAGACGCAUGGUGCAUUCUCCAUUGCUGUUAAGAAUAUGAAAGUCGGAGACACUCUAGAAUGCCGAGGUCCAUGUGGAGGUUUUGAAUAUUCUGCGGGAAAACUGGAUACUUUGACCAUGAUAGCCACCGGAGUCGGGGCCACGCCUGCCAUACAACUUAUCCGCAGCAUCGCCAACGACCCUUCCGACACGACCAAGGUCAAGUUCUUCUACCACGCCAAGACGCCGGAGCAGCUAUUAUGCCUUGAGGAGCUUACAGCACUUGGGAAACGCGACAGUCGUUUUGAUUUCACCUUCUGCGUUAGCGAGUGCGACGAUUCCUGGACAGGGACCGAAGGACUCAUCGACGCCAGCACCUUAAAACCGUUCCUGCCACCCGCCAACGGCAAGACAAACAAAACCAUCAUCUGCACUGGACCAGCAGUCGUAAUCACUACAUUGUCCGCCCUUCAUGAGCUUGGAUACAAAAGUGACGACAUCUACAUCUAUGGGCCGUUUGGAGUCGAGCUGAUACGUGCCGUGUAUGGCCAAAAAGCCAAGCUUGCAACGCAUUUGCCCUACUAGAUCUUAAUUGUUGCACUGUUGCAAAACCGAGGACCAAAAUUUGGCCACCCUUUUAAUUUUUUCUAGUAUAACCCAGGAUAAAUUCGCAGUUGUACGUGUGUUCUGAGACUAAAAUUGGCUAAAACAGUAACUACUUUUAGCAAAAACAAUGUUUAAUUUAAAUGAAGUACUUUCAAUUCAUCUCUCACCUGUUGUGAAAGGAGCUCCAGGACUGAACAUAACAGUAAACACGAGUGAAUGACUGCUGGGGACUUGGACAGUUAGAAUUUGAAUUUGAUCAGAGAUGUUGCAUAGGAUCAUUUCACUGUGUAUGUUAAAGAGAGCAGGUGGCAGAACAUAUCUCACUCCUCUGCAGCUUGGUUUGAAUUCACUGCAUUCACUAUCUAUCUUUAUUGCUGCUUCUUGUUCCCAGGUUCCAAAGGUUUUGUAAAAAUUCUUAGAUUUUUGCCAUCCAGGUCCAAUUGUGCCAAGUAUCAAUUGACAGUUAAAAUGAAUUUGACAUUCCUGAUAGUUUUACAACAGCAGAAGUGGCAGAAAAUGGAAGAAUGCAUUCAGGGAGCAACAUCAGAACUGAUUCAAGAAACCACAAGAAGAAAAGCAGA